AUGGCGGACGUCGAGGAGACGGCGAUCGAAAAAGACAGCGAGAAUUAUGGUAUGCCCCCACCCAGUUUACCGAAAAAAUCUCCAGAAAAGGAAAAGAUAGUAAAGGAAGGACCAAAAUCCAAUACUUCAUCAAAGGAAAAGAAGGAAUCGGCGCCAGAAUUGCCCUACAAGGAACCAUCGUGGAGUGGUCUACCAGACGAAUUGUACAACUUGGAAGUUUUGAAGAAUGGAUGCAUCAUAUCAAAUAUUGAUCUCACUAGUAAACCUUUUCAUGUAUUUGGAAGGCUUACUAACUGUGAUGUUAGCUUAGAACAUCCCUCAGUUUCUAGACACCACGCAGUGAUUCAAUAUAAGACGAGCGAUACUUCAAACAGCGAGAAGGGUUUUUAUCUCUACGACCUUGGUAGCACGCACGGAACGUUCGUCAAUAAGUCAAGACUUGAAUCUAAGCGCUAUUAUAGAUUGCGAGUAGGAUAUGUGAUUAAAUUUGGAGGAAGCUCUAGAUUAUUUAUUCUCCAGGGCCCUGAAGAUGGUGAAGAAUCUGAAUCAAAUGUUGCUGAACAAACAGAAAAACAAACAGAAGUCAGGAGCAGUGAAGUGGGCAGAGUGAUGACAGAGGAGGAAUAUGAAGAAUGGAAGAAAGAAAGAGACGGAGGAAAAGAAAAUGAAGAAGAAACAGGAAUUGAUUGGGGAAUGGGGGAGGAUGCUGUUGAAGAGCCUGCUUAUCCACCUGAUUUUGGGGAAAUUGAGAAAGCAGAGGAGCAUCAUUUCAAAGAUCCUAAGAAGACUUUGAGGGGAUUCUUCGAGAGAGAAGGGCUGGAGCUAGAGUACGACGUGGAAGAGAAGGGCCCUGGGCAUGCAAAAGUGUUUCACUGCAGAGUAAAAUUGCCAAUUGAUGGGCCAAGUGGUGAUCCUCUUUAUGCUGAGGCUGCUGUCACAGGAAGGAAGAAGGAAGCAGUAUUGGAGUGUGCAAAGGAGGCAUGUCGAAUGCUGGAUGCCGCUGGCCUCCUUAGACAAUCUUCUCACGAGAGCAGGAAACAUAAAGAGAAAAAUUGGGAAGAAAAUGAUUUUUAUGACAGUGAUGAAGACAAUUUCUUGGAUAGAACUGGAUCAGUUGAAAAGAAAAGAAUACAAAGAAUGAAGCGUGCUGGUAAAGAUCAGUCAACCACAGAAACUUAUGAAUCUUUGACUUCAAAGCUUCAGAUGUUGGACGAUGAAAUAUCAGAUUGUGAGAAUAAAUUAAAGCAAGAUAAAGCAGAAAGAAAUGGUUCAGUGUCUGGAGAUGCUGACUCUUUAGACAAUUUCAUGAGCUCACUUGGAACAUCACUGGACAAGACAGCAAGGACUCAGAUCAGAAGAAAAAUAUUUGACCUGAAAAAGGAAAGACAAAGACUGGUCAAACUUGUGAAUAUCACCAAGCCAGCUAACCUUCCACCAGUUGCAGAGCAAGCGCUUGAUCGUGAUUGCAAAAAGCUGAGCACAGAAUCUGAAAGUAAAACUAGUGACUCUACACCAACUGAAACAACAGAUAUAAACACAGAUUCUAGACAUACAUUCUCAGCCACGAUAGGAGAAGAAAAACAAAGCAAAAGGGGAGUUGAUAACUUAAAGGAACAUUUACCGGAAAAGGUACUCCUGGACAACAGCUUAUCACAUCCUACAGAACAGAAAGAUUUUGCUGUUCCUGUUUUGCCUGCUAUUUGUGGAAGGAAACAAAAGAAAAUAAAGAGGGAUGUUGUAGUCCCGUCAGAGAGUGACAAGCCUGUCGACAGAGAAGAAACAGAAAAGUUUGGGCAUGUAGAAGACAGCUAAAGUAAAGAAGGGAGGAAAAGAGUUAAUUCAGAUGGAGGGAUGGAAGUGCAGGAAGAUGAUAGCAACAGAAAAGAAGAAAAUAAUGAAGACAUUCCGAAGAAAAAAAAGAAACGAUCGUAUGGUGUGCCCACACAAUGGCAGGCUCAGAGUGACCCUUCAUUUACUGCAUGGAUGCCUCCUGAAGGUCAAACAGGAGAUGGAAAAACACAUUUGAAUGAAAAGUUUGGCUACUGAUGAGCCUUUUAUUAAACAGAUUAUUUCUUAACAAAAUGUUAC